AUGUCAAAGUAUGAUCAUCGGAUGGGACGAGGGGGGUAUACAACUCUUAGGAGGAAGUUGAUUGAAGAGAAUGUGAUUUCGAAGGAGGAAAUUCCCCCAAAGUUAGUUAUGUGGUGUAAAGGGCAUGAAAGUGAAGGAGAAUUUAAGGAUGAAGAUGUUAAAAUCAUGGUUGAUAAACUAAUGGAACAUGAGAAGAAGAUAAAAGAAGGACAAGUAAAUGUUGAACCAGGAAUGGAUUCCAUGACCUUAGUUUUUGGAAAGGGAAAGGGCGGAUUUUUAAAGGGUGUCGGCACGGGAGUCACUUACAACAGAUAUUUCAAUGUUCCUCGCAGCAAAGGAUCAUCUAAGGAAGAAAUUAAAGAUCUUAAAGUUGCACUGCAUAAUGGAAAACUUGAGCUUGAGAAAAAGGAUGUUGAACUCAAGGCUUUGUCUACAAAGGUUAAUGAACAAGAUCAAACACUAAAGCUAGUUUUGGCUCAUCUUAAUGCAAAAGGAGCUGACUUUCCAAAUCUGUCUCAUACAAUUUGUAUUUCAAGUGAGAAGAUUGUACAGAGUAAUGAAACAUCUCCUGUUAGUCUAAAAAACAAUGAACCUUCAGAACCUGUAACACCAGUUAUUCCAAAACCCAACAAAAAACAUGUUCAAACGAAAUCUGCAACUGCAACACCCGAUACAAAAUUGAUUUCCAUGAAAUCUGCAACAGCAAAUACAAAAACCACCAACAAAACUGUUGAGUCUAAGACUUCCACUAUCAAUCAAAACAUACCAAAAGUUUCACCAAAUAAUCCCAUUCACCAAAGACAAUUCAUUCAUGGAGUUCCUCUACAAGAUGAUUGCUAUAAGGUUUCCACUGAUGAAGUGGUUGUAAAAACUGCAUUUCUACCCCCUCAAACUAGAGAAUCCAAAUUAGUUGAGGAUGCAUAUAAAAGUUUUGUUCCAUGGCCAAAAUACCUUGUGCAAACCGAGUCAGAGGUACCAGAAAUUAUAUCACAUCAAAAAUCAACAAAAAGGAAACCAACUUACAUAUCAUCUGAUGCCCUUCUGAAGAAGACAAGGAGCAAUAGAAACAAAAAUAAUGCCUAG